CGUUGUGUGCUCUCUCAGCUGGGCGUCCUCAGGGCUGGUCCCGGGAUCUGCCGGCAGGUAACCUUUCAAACUCCUCAAAGAGAUCCUCGCGCUAGAAAAAUCCUGAGUCCUGCCAUGACAGACAAACUUCAGACUUCAUCUGCCACAUCUUCACGGCAGUCGUCAAGUGCAAAAGAUGUUUUAUUUGCACCCUCUGAUAAUGAGGAAAUUGUUGAGCAGAGUGUGGCCAAAGAUGUACCGAAAGUUCAAGAAGAGAAGCUGGGAGGUGAAGCGGAAACUCAACUUCCAGGGAAAAGAAAAAGAGAAGAGGAGAAGCAAAUGAAACCAUCUAAAAGAUCUCCAGCUAAGGUUGCUUCGUCUCAAGAUAAUUUGGUCUCCACUGUCAGCGGAAAAAAGUCAACGGCUGCAGAAGAAAUUAAACCUAGUUGCCCUGGAAUUGAAGGCACAGCAGAUGAGACAGCUGGUGCUCAACUGGAAGAGCUCUUCAGACCAUCACCAGAAGAGUUUGGAAUGGACAUAGACUAUCUGGAACAGUUUGGGUCUUCAUCAUUCAAAGAAUCAGCCUGGAGGAGACAGUCGCUGUAUUUGAAGUUUGACCCUCUGUUGAUAGACAGUCCAAGUAAACCAUGGUACUCUGAUGGUACUAUUGAAUUAAGUAAGGGAAUCAUCACAGCUCCAUCUCAUCCUGGGCCUGUUGCUGAUUUAAGUACAGUGCCUGAGGAAGCCGGAAAGCCUGUAGUGAGUCUUAAGAGUGACGAAAAAGCAAAAGGACUACAUCUUCUGGGGACAUUUACAACUUCUACUGAUCCCCUAAUUCCGGACUCCCUGAGUAGUGAUGUUCCUCUAGUCCCUUUUGCUACUUCCACAAACACUGCUGUGGAUGCUGUUAUAGAUGUGCCUAAAUAUACCCAAAAAGACAGGGAUGCAGCUGUUGAACUGCUGAAGAGAGAGGUAUGGUGUUGUAAUCUUCGCUGCAGUGUUUAUACAAUUACAAUAUGCAUACAGUCCCAGCUCUCUGGCUGCCACAGCUCUCGGCUGUCUUUAGAUGUUCCAAGGCUCUUUUCUUUAAAGGCCAUAUUCUUACAGCUUUCUGCUGCUACAGCUCCUUAAUUCAAAGGCCAUAUUAUAUUCCAAAGUCCCAGCUCUCAGGCUGCCACAGCUCUCGGCUGUCCAGGGGAUUCCAUACCUUCUCUCAAUGUUUGGUUGUGUGUUCUUCCUCACACGGGGCACCAGUUGUUGUAAUCUUCGCUGCAGCUCGUUUGGAGCAACUCAGACCCACACAGGUCUUACAAUACAACAUAUAUUCAGGCCCCCACAUUGACACACACAGGUCUUACAAUACAACAUAUAUUCAGGCCCCCACAUUUCCCCCCUUUUCUUUUAACAAUUAUACAAUUACAAUACGCAUACA